GAAGGGGAGAUACCGGUCUACAUUUAUAUACACUUAAAACCCUACGUUUUAACUGGAAAAGCAUGUUUUCAAAUCUCGCCAUAAUACAGUCAACACAGUUCAACAAUCAGCAAUAAUUUCACGAGUUUACAAAUACGAGUAAACAAUGCCGUCAGUGUCGCAAGUAAUUUCGAUAAACGGUGAACACAAUUGUUUUUUACUCCUAGAAGAUGGAACGUUUUUUCCCGGCAGGAGUUUUGGAGCACACGUGCCUGUUGAUGGCGAAGUUGUAUUUCAAACUGGAAUGGUUGGAUACCCCGAAUCAUUGACAGAUCCAUCAUACCACGCACAAAUAUUAGUAUUGACUUAUCCGCUGAUUGGUAAUUAUGGAGUGCCAGGAGACGAAAAAGACGAGCAUGGGCUUCCUUACUGGUUUGAGUCGAACAAAAUAUGGGCAGCGGGGCUCAUCGUCGGAGAAAUUUGUAACACGCCAAGUCAUUGGCGUCAGACUAAAACUCUGUCCCAGUGGAUGGUGGAGCAGAAUAUUCCAGGAAUCAGUGACAUAGACACCCGAGCAUUGACCAAAGUUAUCCGCGAAAAGGGCAGUAUUUUAGGGAAAAUAGUCCAUGCGCAGCCACCGGUGAGCAUCACGGAAAUCCCGUCAAUAUCAAACCCCAAUGAUAGGAACCUCGUAGCUGAGGUGUCAUGCAAAUCUCCGAUAACUUUUAAUCCUCAAGGUACUCCUAAGAUCUGCGUCGUCGACUGCGGGCUCAAGUUUAACCAGAUUCGAUGCUUUUUGAAUCGAGGAGCUCGCGUUGAUGUCGUGCCAUGGGAUUACGAUCUAUCGAAGGUAACUUUCGAUGGAUUAUUCCUCAGCAACGGACCUGGCGAUCCCGCAGUGUGUCAAGCGACCGUCGCCAAUAUUCGCAAAGUAUUAGGCAAAAAAAUUCCCAUUUUCGGCAUCUGUAUGGGUCAUCAAUUGUUGUCCCUGGCUGCCGGCUGCAAAAGCUACAAAAUGACCUACGGAAACCGAGGACACAACCAGCCGGCUCUUCAUCUGGCAACCGGACGUUGCUACAUGACCUCGCAAAACCACGGAUUCGCUAUCGAUGCAAAAGAACUGCCCGAGGGAUGGGAACCGCUUUUCACCAACGCCAACGACGACAGCAACGAAGGAAUUGUCCAUACAAGUCUGCCGUAUUUUUCAGUUCAGUUUCAUCCUGAACACACUGCUGGACCCCAAGAUCUCGAGUGUCUGUUUGACGUCUUCCUCGAGGCCACUAGGUUCCAAAUGAAAAACACCUCUACGGAAUUUAAUGUCAAAGAUAAAUUGACAGAGAAGCUCGUCUACAAGCCAGCUAGCGAAGAAGCACAUACCAGACCGAAGAAAGUAUUGAUUCUAGGGUCUGGAGGUCUCAGCAUCGGGCAGGCCGGAGAGUUUGAUUACUCAGGAUCCCAGGCUAUCAAAGCACUGCGCGAAGAGUCUAUACAAACACUUUUAAUUAAUCCCAACAUCGCAACUGUACAAACAUCCAAGGGAAUGGCUGACAAAGUUUAUUUCUUGCCAAUUACUCCGGAGUAUGUUGAACAAGUAAUAAGAUCCGAGAGACCCGACGGUGUAUUGUUGACUUUCGGUGGACAAACUGCCUUGAAUUGCGGUGUUGAACUUGAAAAGUCUGGAGUAUUCAAAAAUUACGGUGUUAAAAUUCUUGGAACACCUAUUCAGUCCAUCAUCGAUACUGAGGACCGUAAAAUAUUCAGUGAGAAAAUAAACGCCAUUCAGGAACGGGUCGCUCCUAGUGCUGCUGUUUAUUCUAUUCAGGAAGCUCUAGAGGCUGCUGAAAAACUGGGUUAUCCAGUAAUGGCUCGCGCUGCUUUUUCCCUCGGAGGUCUUGGUUCUGGAUUUGCGAAUAAUAAAGACGAGCUACGAGUUCUCGCUCAACAAGCUCUGGCUCACUCGAGUCAGUUAAUCAUUGACAAGUCUCUGAAAGGAUGGAAGGAAGUCGAGUAUGAAGUUGUAAGAGAUGCUUAUGACAACUGUAUCACAGUUUGCAAUAUGGAGAACGUUGAUCCUUUAGGUAUUCACACCGGUGAGUCGAUCGUCGUAGCGCCGAGUCAAACUCUGUCAAACCGAGAGUACAACAUGCUGAGAACUGUCGCGAUAAAAGUAAUCCGACACUUUGGAAUUGUGGGUGAAUGCAACAUCCAGUACGCACUCAAUCCUUUUUCUGAAGAGCACUACAUUAUUGAAGUAAACGCGAGAUUGUCUAGAAGUUCCGCUUUAGCCAGCAAAGCCACUGGGUACCCGCUCGCUUAUGUUGCCGCUAAAUUAUCUCUAGGAAUUCCCUUGCCAAAGAUCAAAAACUCAGUCACCAGCAAAACUACCGCUUGCUUUGAGCCCAGCUUGGAUUAUUGCGUCGUGAAAAUUCCACGAUGGGACUUGAAUAAAUUUCAGCGAGUCAGCACAAAAAUUGGAAGCUCCAUGAAAAGUGUAGGCGAGGUAAUGGCAAUCGGUCGCAAGUUUGAAGAAGCUUUCCAGAAGGCUCUUCGUAUGGUGGACGAAAACGUUACCGGAUUCGAUCCCUACAUCAGAUCGCUAAAUGACGACGAGCUGGAAAAACCGACUGACAAACGAAUGUUCGUGCUAGCAGCGUCCAUAAAAGCUGGAUACUCUAUUGACCGACUCUAUGAGUUGACGAAAAUCGACCGCUGGUUCCUCACAAAAAUGAAGAACAUUAUUUCCUGCUACGAAUUGCUCGAAGGACUCGAUCAAGGUCUGAUGUCUCACGCAGUUUUGCUAGGAGCUAAACAAAUAGGUUUUUCUGACAAGCAAAUCGCUGCUGCUAUCAAGAGUACAGAGUUGGUAGUUCGCAAGCAGAGAAAAGAGAGUAACAUUCGCCCGUUUGUCAAACAAAUAGACACUGUGGCUGCUGAAUGGCCCGCGACGACUAAUUACUUGUACCUUACUUACAAUGGGUCAACUCAUGACGUAGAUUUCCCAACCGGGUACACUAUGGUGAUUGGUUCUGGAGUCUACCGAAUUGGAAGCUCUGUAGAGUUUGACUGGUGUGCUGUAAGCUGUCUCCAGGAGCUCAGAAACCUAGGACGUAAGACAAUCAUGGUGAACUACAAUCCAGAAACCGUGAGUACAGAUUACGACAUGUCGGACCGACUUUACUUUGAAGAAAUAUCAUUUGAAAUUGUUAUGGACAUUUAUGACCACGAAAAUCCGGAAGGAGUAAUUUUGUCGAUGGGAGGCCAGCUGCCGAAUAAUAUUGCGAUGGAUUUGCACCGUCAACAGGCGCGAAUUUUAGGUACGUCUCCGGAGUCAGUAGACGGAGCGGAAAAUCGAUUCAAAUUCUCGCGAAUGCUGGAUCGCAUUGGAAUUUCGCAGCCUCGGUGGAAAGAACUGACCAACUUGCAGUCGGCCAUUGACUUCUGCGAGGAAGUGGGGUAUCCUUGUCUCGUUAGACCCUCGUACGUGCUAAGUGGGGCGGCUAUGAAUGUAGCUCAUUCGCACCAAGACCUCGAAUCGUAUUUGAAAAAUGCGAGCGAUGUCAGCAAAGAACAUCCGGUUGUCAUUUCUAAAUUUAUACUCGAAGCUAAAGAAAUAGACGUCGAUGCGGUUGCUUAUGAAGGAGUUAUUCUCUGCAUGGCUGUGUCAGAGCACGUCGAGAAUGCUGGCGUGCACUCCGGAGACGCCACACUGGUUACGCCGCCUCAGGAUAUAAAUGCCGAAACGCUGGCGAAGAUUAAAAAAAUUUCCCGAGCUAUCGCGGGUUCUCUUGAAGUCACUGGUCCCUUCAAUAUGCAGCUUAUUGCUAAAGACAACAAGCUCAAAGUUAUUGAAUGUAAUGUUAGAGUAUCUAGAUCAUUCCCGUUUGUUUCCAAAACUCUGGAUCACAAUUUCGUCGCCAUGGCUACGCGUUUGAUCAUCGGAGAAACUGUGGAUCCUGUUGAUGUACUAGCAGGCUGCGGAAAAGUCGGAGUUAAGGUACCACAGUUUUCUUUUUCGCGUCUUGCGGGAGCAGAUGUUACUCUGGGUGUUGAGAUGGCGUCGACUGGAGAAGUUGCUUGUUUUGGAGACAACAGGUACGAGGCUUAUUUGAAGGGAAUGAUGAGUACUGGGUUCCAUAUACCGGAGAAAGGAAUUCUUUUAUCUAUUGGCAGUUUUAAGCACAAAAUGGAAUUACUUCCAUCAAUUCGUAGUCUACAUAAAAUGGGAUACAAAUUAUACGCUAGUAUGGGAACAGCCGAUUUUUACACUGAACAUGGAGUUGAUGUUGAGCCGGUGCAAUGGACUUUUGAGAAUAUUGAUGUCAACGAAGACGCGAGUCCCAGCGAAUUGCGUCAUCUAGCCGAUUUUCUUUCAAAAAAACAUUUCGACCUGGUGAUAAAUCUGCCAAUGCGUAAUGGAGGUGCUCGCAGAGUCUCUAACUUUAUGACUCAUGGGUACAGAACACGAAGACUCGCUGUUGAUUAUUCAGUACCUCUGGUGACUGACGUCAAAUGUGCUAAGCUUUUGGUUGACGCUAUCAGCAAGUUGGGAGGCAAAGCACCAAGAAUGAAAACACACACAGAUUGCUUAUCAUCAAGACGGAUGAUAAAACUCCCGGGUUUCAUUGACAUUCACGUGCACGCACGAGACCCAGGGGCUACCGAGAAAGAAGACUUUGCUUCAUGCACAGCAGCAGCUUUAGCUGGUGGUAUUACCAUCAUUUGCGCAAUGCCCAACACUAACCCUGCUGUGGUAGAUCACCAGUCGUUUGCAAUUGCCAAAGAACGCGCGGCUUUGGGAGCAAGGUGCGAUUACGCUUUAUUUUUGGGAGCCUCUUCUGAAAAUUACACCGUUAGCCCUGAAAUAGCGCCCCUUGCGGCGGGGUUGAAAAUGUACCUGAAUGAGACCUUCACCACCCUGAAGCUUACAGACCUGAGCAUUUGGGUGAAGCACUUUGAAAGCUGGCCAAAAAAUUACCCUCUUUGUGUACAUGCGGAAGGACAAACCACCGCUGCAGUUCUUCUUCUCGCUAGUCUUCACAACCGACCGGUUCAUGUUUGUCACGUCGCUAGGAAGGAAGAGAUUCAGAUUAUUCGCGCGGCCAAAGAAAAAGGCGUCGCUGUCACCUGUGAAGUUUGUCCGCAUCAUUUGUUCCUGACUACUGAAGACUUGGAGCGUAUUGGUCACGCCAAAGGACAAGUCAGGCCUAUGUUAAGAACUAUUGAGGAUCAACAGGCUCUUUGGGAUAAUAUGAAUAUUAUCGAUUGCUUUGCAACUGAUCAUGCUCCACAUACAGUUGAAGAAAAAGAAAGUGAGAAACCACCACCAGGCUAUCCAGGUCUUGAGACAAUUUUACCUCUCCUCCUGAACGCUGUCAACGAGGGAAGACUCACGAUGGAGGAUCUUAUCGACAAAUUUUACCGCAAUCCCAAAAAAAUAUUCAACAUUCCCGACCAGCCAAAUACUUAUGUAGAGGUUGAUCUCGACGAGGAAUGGAUCGUUCCGACCGCGAUGCCAUUUACCAAGUCCAAGUGGACGCCGUUCGCCGGAAUGAAAUUGCGUGGACGUGUCCACAGAGUCGUUUUGAGAGGAGAAGUCGCCUACGUCGAAGGACAGAUUCUGGUCAAUCCAGGCUUUGGACAAGAUAUACGCGAAGUCCAAAGACUCGCCAAGAGUCAAACCCAUCCUCAAGCACCCACAGUUGAAGUUACAAGCCGACCAAACUCCGUGCUCGAACGUCUUUUAUCUCCCAACUACGAAAAACUCAACGGAGUUCAAGAGAUCUCAGUUGAAACCAACGAUUUCUCUCACUUAUUCCAGUCAGGAAAAGGAAACGUCUACUUGACAUCUGAAGUUGAAGCGCGAGAUUCUGUGAAACCCACCCAGCGGUGUAUAUCACCAUUGCUGACAACAGUCUCCAAAGACCAGCGUAUUUUCAAUCAACUGCCCCCGACAGUUCAUCUACAGAACAGCCACGGACUCGCCGGGCAACACAUUCUCACUGCCGACAUGUUUUCUAAAGAACAGCUCAAUGAUAUAUUCAACACUGCCCAGACUCUCCGCAUAGCUGUUAUGAAAGAACGCUCGCUGGACCAUUUCCUCAGGGGAAAAAUUCUGGCAUCAAUAUUUUACGAAGUGAGCACGAGGACAUCUUGUAGUUUUUCAGCAGCGAUGUUGCGUCUCGGUGGACGCGUUAUCCAUAUGGAUGGCACAACUUCUUCGGUGAAAAAAGGAGAAACUCUCGAAGACACAGUCGCCGUGAUGGCUGGUUAUACAGAUGCCGUCGUCCUACGUCACCCUGAGCCGAGUGCUGUCGCUCGCGCUGCUCAGCAUUGCCGUAAGCCCAUGAUAAACGCUGGGGACGGUGUUGGUGAGCAUCCUACACAGGCUUUACUUGACAUAUUCACAAUCCGCGAGGAAAUAGGUACUGUCAAUGGUCUCACUAUUACUAUGGUCGGCGACUUGAAGCACGGGAGAACUGUGCAUUCUCUUGCAAGAUUACUCACGCUGUACAAUGUGAAUCUGAGGUACGUCAGUCCACCCGGGCUAGGAAUGCCGGAACACGUAGUGAGCUACGUCGCUCAGCGAGGAAUUCCUCAGGAGAAAUUCGCGAGUCUUGAAGAAGUUCUUCCUGAUACUGAUGUUCUUUAUAUGACGCGAAUCCAGCGCGAACGUUUCCUUUCACAAGAUGAAUAUAAUCAGGUUUGUGGACACUUUGUCGUAACGCCCCAGGUGAUGACUCGCGCUAAGAAGAAGAUGGUCGUGAUGCACCCACUGCCCCGAAACUUUGAAAUCAGCCCGGAAUUCGACACCGAUCCGCGAGCUGCUUACUUUAGGCAAGCUGAGUGCGGUGUUUACGUCCGCAUGGCACUACUGGCGAUGGUUUUCGGUCGCUGUUAAUCGUUUGAGAUUCUAAACAUUCGAUAGAAUUUGCUCAACGCGACCUUGUAUUUUUAAACAACAAACGUCCUCGAUGAAAUCCAUAUUCUCAUACACGCAAAUUUUUUUUUAAUCAAUUGACUAAGCGCAAAGAUAUUUUUGUAUAAAACUUAUAACAUUUGCACGCAAAAAAUUAUAAUCAUUGUUUUCUAUAUUUGAACUAUUUUUUAUAUAAUUGUUACAUGUAAUACAUAAAAAAUAAUCAUGGCUUCGGAGUGCGGGACUUCCAAGUAAUACUUUAUACACAAUGUUAUACACAAAUAAUGUUUUUUAUCAUAAAUAUUUAUAUGAUUAAUAGAAUUAUAAAUAUAAUACGGCUAUACAAUACAAAAUUCUAAAUCUAUUAUACAAUUUUAAGUAGGACGAAUCGUGUAAAU